AUGGAGUGGGAUCCGAGUCACUUCUUUCGACCUGGAGGGAGCCGUUCGCCCUAUGCUCUGUUGGUGCUGAAUCAGCCAAUCAAUGAGAAGGCGUUUGGGGUACUAAGUGCGUACGCUUCUUACAUCAUUUGUGCCGAUGGUGGGGCUAAUCGCUUGUACGACAUGGUGAAAAAUCAUGGGAACGAAUCCAUCGAACUUCCCGACAGGAUUGUGGGUGACCUCGAUUCUCUGCGUCCAUCAGUACGACAACACUAUGAAAAACUGGGCGUGCCCGUCGUGAAAGAUCCAGAUCAAUAUUCAACAGAUUUUACAAAGUGUCUCAAAUACCUCAAUGGACACGCAGCAGAGAUCAUCGCCUCCCCACGACAUCAACGAAGGAUAUCUUCUACCGCGAGCCAAGAAGGCGCAGCUAAGAGCAUGCUCCCGUCUCAGUCGGCACUCGAGAUUGUGAUUCUCGGUGGCCUUGGCGGUCGCGUUGAUCAGGCCUUUUCACAAAUCCACCAUCUAUACAUGAUGACACAGACACAGCGGGAAUUACGCGAAGCACAGCAGACCCGCCCUCGAGAUGAUACACAGAAUGGAAAGCCCGCCGCAGGUGGGAACCUUUAUCUCGUCUCGGAAGAAAGCAUCACUUUCAUCCUGCAAGAGGGAAAGAACAUCAUCCACACGCCAGCAACCAAUCGCCCUGAUACCGACCCAGCAGCGGACCAAGACUCAAUCUCCAAGGAGAAUGACCCGCCUGUGAAAAGAAAGCGGGAGCAGGAACCUGGCGCAGAGCCGGAGUACUUCUUCGAAGAGAAUAUCGGCAUCAUCCCCCUCUCAGCUCCCGCCUCAAUCACCACCAAGGGCUUCGAAUGGGACGUGGAGAACUGGCACACUGAGAUUGGUGGCCAAAUAUCAACCAGUAACCACAUCCGCGCCGACAAAGUGGAGGUCUCGACUUCUGUCCCCGUGUUGUUUACUGUGGAAUUGGCGGAACGGCUGAAGAGGGUCUAA